AUGGCCUUCCAGCCUGCGGCAGCUGUCAAACCCGGCUUGGACCCUCAACCUUCUCUUUCAGAGAAGGAAGACCAGAUUCCGUAUAUUCCUGAGUACUAUGUUCCUGAUGGCGUUACGCCUAAUCUCGAGACAUAUAUGUACUACGCCAAGAUUCAACGUGAAAACGAGGUCCUAUCUGCAAGGAAUGAUGCUGAAACUACCCAUUGGGGUGGCCUGAUCUCCAGAACAUUCAGACGUUCCUCUGAUAACCGUUCCGUUGCAUCAGCCAUAGCUCCUUCCUCAGCAGAGGGGGGCGCCGAUCCAGUCACUCCAGGCGAGUACCGUGCAGCUUCUGGGGCUCUUAGGACGGCUACCUGGGGGAGCGUCUUCUAUCUUAUUACUACCGAUAUUUUGGGUCCUUACUCUACCCCGUAUGCAUUCCAACAAGUUGGUUAUGGUCCUGGUGUAGCCUGUUUCGUCGUCUUCGGCUUGUUCUUGAAACUCGACUCCCAAAGGUAUCCCGUCAAGUCUUUUGGAGAGCUGGGGCAACGUAUCUAUGGCCGUUGGUUCGGGCUUCUCUGUAACGUCUUGCAAAGUUUGCAGCUCGUGUUCAAUGUUGGGAUCAUUAUUCUUCAAAAUGGCCAAGGUCUUUCGCAGAUGGCAAAGUUCAAACUAUGCUUCAGCGUUUGUAACGUUGUCUGGACCUUGGCUGGAAUGUUUCUUGGUCAAAUUCGCACUCUUCAGAAGUUCGGCUCGAUCGCCAAUCUCGCUAUCUGGAUGAACAUCAUUGUCUUGAUAAUGACAAUGGCCUUUGUGGCUCACUCGCCACCCAACUAUAAUGCAGUACCAUAUUCUGGCCCUGUGAUAACCCAGGCAAUCAACUUACAGGCUUUCGAGAACCAGCUCAAUGGUAUCAUGCAGAUUGUGUUCUCAUACGGUGGAGCCAUGAUUUUUGUCGAGUUCAUGGCUGAAAUGCGGCGCCCAAUGGAUUUUUGGAAGGCUAUGGCGUAUGCCCAAAUCUUCAUCUUCGUUGUUUACAUGUUCUUCGGUCUUUUCGUCUACUCAUACCAAGGCCAAUAUGUCGUUAACCCGGCUAACCAAGGGAUUUCCACUUAUAGUUUACAGACUGCGACCAACGCCAUUUCUUUGACCGCUGGUCUCAUCGCCGCUGCAUUGUACGGCAACAUUGGUGUCAAAAUCAUUUACAACAACUUCUUCGUGGACAUAUUUGGUUUCCCCCAGCUGACUGCGACUCGGGGUAAAUACUAUUUCGCAAUUUCCGUCAUAGCAUAUUGGGCCGCUGCCUUCGUUAUUGGAUCUGCCAUCCCGCAAUUCAGCGCCCUCUCGGCGCUGGUUGCUGCCGUUUGCAUCUUCCAGUUUACAUACACCUUCCCGCCAUUUAUGAUUUUGGGUUACACCAUGCAAAUCGAUGCCGCAAAAGGCGACCGAGAAUUCGACAUCAACGACCCCUACGCCCACCGUGUUGAUACAUGGAGGAAUUUCUCGCGUUGGAGACGUGCAUUGUUGACUUGGGAUGUGUUCUUCAACCUGUGGAACUUCCUUCUCACGUUCGCAUGCUUGGCUUGCGCUACUCUGAGCGCUUACUCGGCCGUCACCACGAUCGUUACUGCGUUCGCGACCUCGAGUUCUUCGUCGUUUAGCUGCCAUUCGCCGUUGGACAACAGUUAA